CUUCCUCUGCCUUUUGGGUACUCUUAAUUUCUGAUCUGGGUUUUCCAUUUGCUUAUUUUUAUUUAUUUUAUUUUUUUUAUCACGUGUCUUAGAGAGAUUUUCAGUAAGUCCAAAAGAUUAGUAGAUUAGUUUCCUAUGUAUGUACUAUUGCUGUAAAAUAUACGAUGAUCUAAGCAUGAUAAUUGAGUUUUAUUGAUUUUGUUAUGUGCAAAUGAUUAAUGAGUACCAUUUUAGGCCCUUAUCAAUUUUUAGGGAUUUUUAUAAUGUACAAGGGUAGAUUUGUCUAAUUCUAAAAUAAUUCAUUAUAAAAAAUGACACUUUAUGCAAUAAAUCUCAAAUUGUCACUUAUUCCCAUUUAAGUUUUAAAUUAUUACAAAAAGUGGCUUCUAGGAUUUUAUUGAAAAAUUUAGAUCACUUCUUCAACCGUUGGAUUGUCUAUUAUUGUUAUUAUAUAAUGCAGAUUGCAAGCACUUAGCUAAAAUGACUUGUAGUCAGCUUCUAAUUUUUUUUUAAAUUUAUUAUUUUAUUAACCUAUAGAAAGUUAGGAAUCUUAUGAGUUUUGAUUGACCUAUGUGUGAUAUCAUAGAAUUAGUGCUUUGGAAUUGAAAUCGGAGAAAAACUACUUUAAGUUUUGAACUAUGUUUCUCCGUUUUCAAUUGAGCUUCCAAAUGCAAUAUAACACUAUUUUAGUUACAUCCAUAGCAAAGAUAAUGCACUUCAUUUGGUAGAUUCUAAAUGAAAAAUGCUAGCCUCCAUGACAGAAUGGCACUGGUGAGAAGGAACCUCUUUCAAACCACUGAUGUGGCACAAUGACAGAAUGACAUGUGUCCAUUUGAAUUUUGAAUAUAAGAGAAAAAGUUAAGAUUUCUUUUAUUUCGUUUUACAUAUUUUAAAUUUAAAAAAGGAAACGUGUCAUCGUGCCACGUAAGUGAUUUGUAGAAGGUUUCUUCUCGUCUAUGUAGAGGCAAGUUUUAUUCAUUUUGAAUUGUAAAGUAGCAGAUCAUGGGUAUUGAUAACUUUUGAAUGCAAUGACUCCAAAUCCUUAAAUUGCAUAGAAGCCCAUUCUUCGCCCAUAUCCUAGCUUUGUGAAACUGGUAAACUUUAUCUUAGGCAGUCGCAAACAUAACACUGCAGUCGCAGAAAAUCCUUGUGUUGUUCAUCUUCAGCUUCAAUUGAACUAUCUAAAAAAACACGAGUUGCACUGUAAAGCACAUAAUCUAGUCUCUUAUAUUUUGACAAGACCAACACCCUGAUGCAAAUUAAUUUGUUAAAUGCAGAUUACUAGCGAUAUUAGACAUAACUGACCUGUGACUAUGACAAACCGUAUUAUAAUUCCCUUCUCUUUCGCUAGCUUCAUUAAAUCCUCUCCUAAAAUGAAAAAAAUGCUUUGCAAUUGUAUUCGUAUUAUAAUGCUUCAUGCAUGCCCUUUUAUCACCAAACCUUUGCUCUGAAUGCCAAUUCAGUGGGCACUGGGCAUGUACAUUUGUUUUUGUAAUUAAGACAACACACAUGCAUUCAUUACUAUCAUAACAAUAUAUUGAAUCCUCGACUUACCAUGUGGGAAGAGGAUUAGGUAUCAUUGAAGCCAAACCAAGAAAUGGCAUGCCUAAGCGAAGGAUUAGGUAUCAUUGAAUCUUCAACUUAUGAUGUUCGGCUUGCAGCUGACUUAAUCAAAGUGUUUAUAUUGAAGCCUUCCUAAGCAAAUUAUAAACCCGACGCUCAUUUUUUUUUUCUUUCCAUCUUAUAAGAGCCAUUGAGCGAUUUCUCAAUCAGGUUCUUAUUCAAUUUCUGAUCUCGUCAUCUGUCUAAAAUACACUAGGAGACGAUAUGAGCAACCCAACUCCAUUCCUUAUACUGCAUUUUCUCUUUGUCUUUUUUGGACAGGGCUGCGUUACAACACAAGUGGUCGCCAAGAGCAAAGUUCACAUUGUUUAUCUUGGAGAGAGACAGCAUGAUGAUCCAAAUCUCAUCACAGAUUCACAUCAUGACGUGCUUGGAACUAUAGUUGGAAGCAAGGAAGCAGCCUCAGAAUUGAUGGUUUAUAGUUACAAACAUGGCUUCUCUGGGUUUGCAGCUGUGCUUACAGAGUCUCAGGCACAAAAACUUGCCGAGUUUCCGGGUGUGGUUCGUGUCAUACCAAAUUCCCUUUACAAGCUGCAGACAACCAGGAGCUGGGAUUACCUGGGUCUCUCCUCUCAUACCCCUAACAACAUUCUUCACAAAAGUAAUAUGGGUGAUGGAGUCAUCAUAGGUGUCCUUGAUACAGGAUUUUGGCCCGAGUCAAAAGCUUUCAAUGAUGAAGGGCUUGGGCCUAUACCGUCCCACUGGAAGGGUGUUUGUGAAUCUGGAGAGCAAUUCAAUGCAAAGGCACACUGCAAUAGGAAAGUCAUUGGAGCUCGUUGGUUCAUCGAUGGAAUUCUUGCCGAGUAUGGACAGCCAUUAAACAGAUCAGAAGACCAAGAAUACUUGUCACCGAGAGAUGCAAAUGGGCAUGGCACACACACCUCCAGCACCGCAGCUGGUUCUUUUGUGAGCAAUGUUAGCUACAAGGGCCUUGUUCUAGGGACUGUACGAGGCGGUGCACCUAGUGCUCGGUUGGCGGUGUACAAGGUGUGCUGGAAUGUGCUUGGAGGACAAUGCUCAUCUGCUGAUAUCCUGAAAGCCUUUGAUGAAGCCAUACAUGAUGGGGUUGAUGUGUUGUCGCUGUCACUUGGAUAUUCUAUUCCUCUGUUCUCAGAUGUUGAUGAACGUGAUGGGAUUGCCACAGGCUCUUUCCAUGCUGUGGCCAAAGGUAUUACUGUUGUUUGUGGAGCUGCAAACGAUGGACCUUUGGCCCAGACAGUGCAGAACACUGCACCAUGGAUUUUAACCGUUGCAGCUAGCACCAUGGAUCGGGCAUUUCCUACACCCAUAACACUUGGAAACAACAAAACCAUACUGGGUCACGCGAUUUAUACAGGGAAGGAAAUUGGUUUCACUGGUUUGUUAUACCCAGAGUCCAAAGGGCUUGAUCUUACAUCUGCAGGUGCUUGUGAAGCUCUGUUACUCAAUCACUCUUCAGUAACUGGAAAGGUGGUGCUGUGCUUCACUCUUGUGUCUCGGAUUGCAGUUUCAAGUGUUUCAUCAGCAGUGAGAGCAGCGGGUGGCGUUGGUGUUAUCAUUGCCAAGAACCCCAGAGAUUCCUUGAAUCCAUGCAGCAAUGACUUCCCUUGUGUUGAAGUUGACUACACUGCUGGGACGCAGAUUCUAUAUUACAUUCGUUCUACAAGGUCUCCUAUGGUGAAGUUGAGCCCUUCCAGAACUCUUGUGGGCAAGCCGGUGUCAGCUAAUGUGGCUUUCUUUUCAUCUAGAGGGCCUAGGUCUAUUGCGCCAGCAAUUCUCAAGCCAGAUAUAACUGCACCUGGUGUGAAUAUAUUAGCUGCCACUUCUCCUCUUGGCCGAUUUGAAGACCAUGGAUUUGCCAUGCUUUCAGGAACAUCAAUGUCAACUCCUCAUAUCUCAGGAAUUGUCGCCCUUCUCAAAGCUCUACACCCUCAUUGGUCCCCCGCAGCAAUAAAAUCAGCACUUGUCACCACAGCAUGGAUGACUAGUCAGAAUGGUUUUCCAAUCUUUGCUGAGGGUUCCCCUCGAAAGCUUGCUGAUCCAUUUGAUUUUGGAGGCGGCAUUGUGAACCCGAAUGGUGCAGCAGACCCUGGUUUGAUAUAUGACAUGGACAGAGCCAGUUACAUACAUUACCUAUGUGCUAUGGGAUACAACAGUUCUGCCAUCUCUCGGCUUAUAGGACAACCCACAUUGUGCCCCAGCAAACAACCCUCCAUUCUCGAUGUAAACUUACCUUCCAUAACCAUACCAAGUCUCAGAAACUCCACCACCCUCACCAGAACUGUCACAAAUGUAGGACACGUUGAUUCUGUAUAUAGAGCUGUGAUUGAGGCUCCAGUGGGUACCAUCCUAUCAGUAAGACCUGAUGUCUUGGCCUUCAAUUCUGGGACCAAGAAGAUCUCCUUCAAAGUUACAGUCUCAUUAACUCAUCAGAUGAACACAGGAUACUAUUUUGGGAGCCUAACAUGGACUAAUGAAAUGCAUGCUGUGAGAAGUCCUGUUUCUGUGAGAGCAGAGAUCAUUCAAUCUUGUGUUAAUGAAAUUUGAAGAGUGACGGUUAUACAAUCUUAUUUCAAAAUCACUGAGUAAACCAUUUAUAUAGCUCUAUGAUUAAUGUUACUUUUCAGACUUCCUACAAAUUGAGUAGAUUUUAGAUGAAGCAUUUGUUACUGUGUCUUCAAUCAUGUAUGGUGGGUUAUAAGCCUUUUCCAACUUGGAUCACCAGAUUUAGUUGCAGCAAACAUAUGAAUAUAAUUUUUGCAUAAUCAAA